UGAUCUUCGAAAACAGUUCUUUCUUCUAAACAGUUAUAGAUAUUUUGUUGAGUUUGAAAUCAUGGAUGCUCAUGUAGUACAUUCUCGUGCUGAAGGUGAAGUUGAGGAUCACCAUGAGAAGAAGUCGGUUAUGAAGAAGGUGAAGGCGAAAGCGAAGAAGUUGAAGGAUACUAUUGCUGGGUAUAGUCAUCAAAGCCAUGAACAAGAAGGCCAACGUACUCCUGGUGAUCAUGAUCUGGAUGAGGAGGAAACUAUUGCUGGGUAUAGUUAUAGUUCUCAAAGCCAUGAACGAGAAGGCCAACGUACUCCUGAUGAUCAUGAUCUGGAUGAGGAAGAUGAUGAAGUAGACAGUCCAGAAGUUAGUGCACCGAAGUAUGACUCGGGAGCUAGGAGGACUGAUGCUCCUGCGCAAGGAGACAUUCUGAAGGAGACAUUCGGAGACACUAAAGUGGGGCGUGAUGAAGUUGAUCCUGUAGUCCCAAGGGAGAGGUCUAAUGUCAAUGUCACUGAUCCAAUCAGGUCUAAUGUGCCUGGGCUUCAUGGAACUACAGGCCAUGGUGCAACACACAACUCCGGAGGGGAUAGGAUGACUGAUGCUCCGGGGCAAGGAGGCAUUCAUUCCGGAGAGGCACGCCACGAAUAUGAUCCUGUAGUGCCAAGAGAGAGGACUAAUGGGGGAUUUAGUGGUCCGGUAAGUGAUUUGGGGCCUGGACAAAAUCGUACUAGUACAGGGCAUGAAGAUCUUCUGGGAGUAGCAAGGACCAAACUGGCUGGUCCAGCAACCGGACCACUUCAUAAGCAUGAAGAGCCGAAGGAACUUGGUGGAGGAACUUGUACGCCGCUUAACACCCCUGUUUCUUCUCUUCCUCGUGGAAAUGACAACUCUGCUACCAUGGAUGUUGACCCGGUUAAGACUUCUGGCUUGGGGCAAGGAGGGCAUCUAAGUGAGUCUAGGCUGGGGAAGACUGAUGUACUAGGGGAAGAAACGCCUCUGCCUCAGAGUAUCCCUGUUUCUGAGGAAGAUCCUCAUGCACCUAAGGCCAAUCCUCAAGCUGACACUCCUUCAAAUUACGAGACCAAAGUCACUGAUCCCACCAAAUCCGGUGGUGAGGAAACUGGAGUCACACCAGUGCUUCAUUCCUUUGAUAAGAUGAACCUUCAUGGCGACGAUCGCCAAUACUUGAACAAUGGUGCCGACCAGGACACCGGAAGCCAUGACCAAUUUUCUCCUGGUAAGCCAUCGAACCAGGGCAGCAGCUACAUAUCAUCUGCCGCUUCAGCCAUUUCCAACACAGCAAUUUCGGCAAAGAAUGUAGUUGCUUCCAAAUUGGGAUAUGGCGGGACCGAGUCAGCAGAGCAUGAUGGCUACCCUGGUGCUGGGAAGUCAGGUUCAUCGCCUCGUCAGCAUCAGAACCAAGUACUUGAUCCAGCUACUAACCAAUUCAGACCAGCUGAGACUCCACAAAUCCGAGGAACAAUCCAACCAGACCACAACACUGCAAGUGAUGUGAAGCAAUCAAACCAGUCCGGUGGAACUUACACUGAGAAGAUUUCAUCUGCCACCUCUGCCAUAGCCGGCAGAGCCCUCUCUGCGAAGAAUGUCGUCACUUCCAAGCUGGGAUAUGGAUCGAGUGAUCAAGUGCAUGAUAAUCGAGUUGUCACUCCCACUAAUGUGCAGCCUGGAUCAACACAAGCGGAUCAACAGGGCAAGGGCAAGCCAAUAACCUCUACUGUUGCGGAGAAGCUGUCGCCUGUGUAUGGGAAGGUUGCUGGGGCAGGGACCGCUGUGAUGUCCAAGUUUAAAGGCGGGAGUACUGCUAGUACUGGCCGGGACACUAGUACCGAGGCUGUUGGUGAAGCUGGAAAGGACAAAAGGGGGUCUGUGAAGGACUACCUUGUGGAGAAGCUGAGCCCUGGAGAGGAAGACAGAGCACUUUCGAAGGUUAUAAGUGAGAAAUUACAGAUUCAUAAGCCGGGUGUUAAGGAACAGGGAGGGGACUCUGCUAGUGCUAAGCCGAUGGGUAAGGUGACCGAGUCGGAGGAGGUGAGGCAGCGUUUGGGGAGUACUGAAGGGAAUGAUAAUUAUGUGGUGAACAAGAUCGAGGACAGUGUUGGUUCAAUGCUUGGUGGUACUAAUAAGAAUGGUGAUGAACAUCAGUCUGCUGCUACCGGGGAGAACCGGAGGUUGCAGGAAUCUGGUAACUGAAGGACGACUGUUGCUAAGACUUCAGUGAAUAAGUAUUAGUUGCUAUGAGUCUUUUGUAUAAGAUUUGAAACUCUGUUGUGUAAUUUCACU